AUGGCAUAUUUACACCACGAUUGUUCUCUUCCUGUUGUUCACUGUGACUUGAAACCCUCAAAUGUUUUAAUGGAUGAGAACAAGACAGCCCAUGUGGCCGAUUUCGGGAUUGCCCGUCUAAUGUCUUCCACCGAUUCUGCAAGCAGCAAAUAUGGAUUGCGGGGCCAAGUCUCGACCAAGAGCGAUGUUUUCAGUUUUGGUGUGGUCAUCCUUGAAAUGGUGACAAGUAAGAGGCCCACAGAUGAUAUGUUCACUGGAAACAAAGCUUUGCCGAAUUGGGUGAGAACAACGUAUCCUGAAGCACUGGAGAAGGUGGUGGACAGAGAAAUGGUAGGUGAUGAAUGGCGUGUGGAGGGAUCCAUUGAAUCCACAGAGCAAGGUAGCUGGCUGACUAGUUUGAUUGGAAUGGCGCUGCGGUGCACUAGAUAUAGUCCAGCGGAAAGACCAACAAUGAGAGAAGUGGAGGGUGUACUUGAACGAAUUGUGAAUGGCGCAGCAUAUGGCAAUUUAGAGGGAUAUCCAUCAGUGCAGAGUUUAUUAAUUUCAGGAUAUGGUUUCAGCCAUUUAAAUAGCGGCACAUCAUCUUCAUCCAGUUAA